AUAGAUUGACUAAUGUCGAAGUGAGAGGCAGAACUCGCUGUUUUCUGAUAUAGGAUGAGGCAUUGCGAUCCAAUGUAAAAAAGUGUCAGCUGGAGAAUUUUGGUGCUAUUGAAAGAUUUACAUUAGCCGAUGAAGUUUUGAGUGAACAUAACAACUAAAAAGAUGUGUUUUCUAGAUGUGUCAAUAGACUUUAUUUACAUCAUAUCAGAUCAUUCUUGUAUUGACAAGAUCAUCCAUUUUUAAAAAUUCAUCUAUCUUUGAUUCUACCCGUGAAAUGCUACUAGUUACUAUAACAAUGACUUUUUUUUGUGUUUUAGUAAUUAUUACGGUACUGGAGAUUCUGUUAUUCGUCAGUCUACUAAUGAUGAGCAACAUCCUUCCACAUCGUCAGGCAAUGGUCAUAUUCGACCAUUAGAAAAAGAUUUAUCGCCAUCUAUAUAUAAAGACAUUAAUUUUCAAUCAUCAACAUCCCUUUUAAAUGAUUAUUAUCUUCUUCAUCAUCAAUUUCAACAAAAACAAGAAAAUCAGCAAAUAAAUCGAUCAAAAUUGAAUAGUCCAUUAAAAGACGAUAUAUCAACAAUAAAAAAUAUAUGUAGUACAACUUAUUCAUUAAAUGAUAGUCUUGAUUCAAAUAUUGAAAUAAUGGAAAUAAAUGAACAAGAAUGUAUAUUUGAAAUUGUUGACGGUGUAUUAACAAUUGUGCCAAAAGACAAAAUAGAAAGUGAAAAACAGUCUACAAGUAUAAAUCAUGUUAAUGGUGAAUAUAAUCUAAACAUGGAACAUCCAAACGGUAAACAAGUAGAAGAUAAUAGUAAGUAUCCAUUUAUCAAGGUUAAAAAUAAAUUAAUCGAGAGACUCGGAGGCAUCAUUUUGACACCUCGAAAAUCGGGUUGA